AAAAAUGAAGAACAAGUUUAUUAAUGGCGGAAUUGGUUGAUUGAAAUGGGGUUGGGUUUUCACUUUUGCGGCCAAAUUAAAGACCUUUAACAACAAUGAGUGCUCUUCUCAAAAACCCCAGAAGAGAAAGCGUGGAGAUUGACGACGACGACACCAUGAUGCCGCCGGCGGAAGAGAACGGCGACCCAGAUAGCAGACAAGACCAAGAAGACGCCCUCAUCGCUCUGAUUGAGCACCGCGCUCAGGAAGUGGAACACAAUCGCCGGAGACGGGAGUAUUACCAAUCCAAGCUUGUUGAAGCAGAGAAGAGGUUGAAUGAGUCUCAAACUAAAUUGGCUCGACUUCGAUCCCAAAACAAGGCAGCGUCGACUAAGGUGUCUCCGAGUAAUGGAAUUAAAAGUGUAAAGGAGGAGCGCAGAUCAAUGAGUCCUAUCCCUUUAAGAAGCCGGCCUCAAUCUAAAACAGAACUUUUAAUUCCUGCUGUCACUCCAAAAGUUUCCCAACCUCCGAAAGUGGCAGGGUCUAGUGGGAAGGCACAAGUUAGUUCUAGUUCUCAAGCCAGCCCGGCAGUUUCUAGUCAGUCUAUUAGUGCUAGCAAAGAAAAAGGAGAUAAGUCUUAUAGAAGUUCGUCAAAGCAGGAUGUUGAAGUUCAAGAUAAAGGGACAAAACGGAAGUUCGAGGAGAAAGAACAUAAAGAAUUAAUUCCGAUGGUUCGUACUAGCUCCAAACCCUCUAUAAUCCAGUGCCAUUCAAACAAUCACAUAUCCAGUCAUCACAAGAGAAAGUUGAGAUGUCUUUAUAUGUGUCCAGUGAAUGAUCAGCUUUUUGCAACCAGCGCUUUGGAUGGACUGGUCAACUUGUGGGAAGUUCAAGGCAGGGGGUCAGGUGCUUCUCUACUUAGUACUACAGAUUGCCAAUCCCCAAAGCAAAGGAGAUGGCCAGAAGAUAUUGCCUGGCAUCCCCAUGGAAACAGCCUAUUUUCUGUGUAUACUGCUGAUGGUGGGGAAUCACAAGUAUCAGUUCUAAAUCUAAAUCGAACACAAGGGAAACCUCGUGUUACUUUCUUGGAAGCCAAGCCUCAUGUGAAAGGGAUUAUUAACAGCAUAGUUUUCCCACCUUGGGAGAAUACCUGCUUUGUCACUGGUGGUAGUGAUCAUGCUGUUGUACUCUGGAAAGAGACGGAUGCAGAAAAUGUCUGGAAACCAAAGCAAUUGCAUAGGAGUAUACAUUCAUCUGCUGUUAUGGGCGUUGCUGGGAUGUGGCAAAAGCAAAUUAUACUAUCUGUGGGAGCAGACAAGAGGAUUGUUGGCUUCAAUGCUAAUAUGGAAAGAACAGAGUUUAAGCAUCAGAUAGAUAGUAAAUGCAUGAGUGUUUUGCCAAAUCCUUGCGACUUUAAUCUAUUCAUGGUUCAAGCAGGUACUCAUGAGAAGCAGCUCCGACUAUAUGAUAUCAGACUGAGGCAAACAGAGAUACAUGCUUUUGGGUGGAAGCAAGAGAGCAGUGAUUCUCAAUCGGCUCUGAUAAAUCAAGCUUGGUCUCCUGAUGGUUUAUACAUCUCAUCCGGUACUGCUGAUCCUAUGAUUCACAUAUUUGAUAUCAGGUAUAACGCCCAGAAGCCUUCCCAAUCCAUUAAGGCUCAUCAGAAACGGGUUUUCAAAGCUGUAUGGCUCUGCAAGCCCCUUCUCAUUUCUAUAUCCUCUGAUCUGAUGGUUGGUUUACACAAAAUCUCAUAGACUCCAGCUAUCAGAUAUCGGCCCUUUGAAGGAACUAGUCCUUCAUUUUGUAUUGGUAUUCAAAGCACUGUAACUUGUCUUCGAGAGGAAUAACUUUUCAUAGGGCAUUCAAAGCCGCUAAGCGGAUGAGAAUGUAUUGGAUGCAAUUUUGAGGAAGUGAGGAGGGUAUGUUGCUGGGUUUAAGUAACCUCUCUAGCCUUCAUUUUUCAGCUGGUGGUUGCUGAAUCAAAAGUUAAAAGAGUAUGAAUGGACCAUAAGAUAUGUUCCUUAGACUUGACUCCAAUUGUUCUUGUACUCUAGCCUCCACUUCAAAUUCGUAUGGCUAUUAAUCCUACCUUGGGUUAUUGACUUCUUGGUAUUUGGCCAAAGCAAAAAGAAAUAGUUAAAAGUGUUAAACUAUUUUGGUCCA